UACUCUACCCUCUCUCCUUCACGAAUCAUGUCAGCCACGAACCUCUCGUCUGCGAUGGAUGUCGAUGAAGCUGCGAUUGAUGAGGGCCUGUACUCCCGUCAGCUGUACGUGCUUGGGCACGAAGCUAUGAAGCGCAUGGCUGCGUCCAAUGUUCUUAUUGUCGGCGCGAACGGUCUUGGUGUGGAGAUCGCCAAGAAUAUCAUUCUUGCCGGUGUCAAGUCUGUCACAAUAUACGACCCUGAGCCCGUCAAGGUAUCAGACUUGAGCAGUCAGUUCUUCUUGCGAAAAGAAGAUGUCGGAAAGUCAAGGGCAGAAGUAACAGUUCCCCGACUUGCGGAGCUCAACGCAUACGUCCCUGUACGGAAUCUUGGCGGUCAGCCCGGUCAAGAGAUCUCCGUAGACUUGAUCAAGGGCUUCCAGGUCGUAGUUCUCACUCGUGUUCCACUCUCGAAGCAGCUGGAGAUCAACAACUGGACACACGAGAAUGGCGUGCAUUUCAUCUCCACAGACACUCGGGGUCUCUUCGGCACGGCAUUUAACGACUUCGGCCCUAAAUUCACUUGCGUAGACCCAACUGGCGAGCAGCCUCUGUCUGGAAUGAUCGUCUCUGUUGACAAGGACAGCGAGGGUGUCGUGACUUGCUUGGACGAAACUCGCCAUGGUCUCGAGGACGGCGACUUUGUUACGUUCAGCGAAGUUCAGGGUAUGACCGAACUCAACGGCUGCGAACCUCGUAAGGUUACAGUCAAGGGUCCGUACACAUUUACCAUCGGCGACACCUCUGGAUUGAGCGACUACAAGAGUGGGGGUAUCUUCACGCAGGUCAAGAUGCCGAAGAUCCUGCAAUUCAAAUCGUUGCGCGAGUCCCUCAAGGAGCCUGAAUACUUCAUCACCGACUUUUCCAAAUUCGACAGGCCUGCUACGCUCCAUGCAGGUUUCCAGGCUCUUUCUCAGUUCGAAGAACAGCACAAGCGAUCGCCUCGCCCGCGUAAUGCCGAGGACGCCGCCUCUGUAGUUGCUUUGGCGAAGAAGAUCGAUGCGGACGCCGACGAGAAGAUCGUCACUGAGCUCGCUUACCAGGCGACCGGUGACAUCGCGCCCAUCAACGCCGUCUUGGGUGGUUUCGUCGCUCAGGAGGUUCUGAAAGCGUGCUCUGCCAAGUUCCACCCCAUGAUCCAGAACCUGUACUUCGACUCGCUUGAGUCUCUUCCCUCGGAGGUGCCAACUGAAGCAGACGUUCAGCCUAGUGGCUCGCGUUACGACGCCCAGAUCGCUGUAUUUGGUAAGAAGUUCCAGGAGAAGAUCGCGAACUUCCGCGAGUUCCUUGUCGGCUCUGGUGCCAUCGGCUGUGAGAUGCUGAAGAACUGGAGCAUGAUGGGCCUUGCGGCUGGGCCGAACGGGAAGAUCACCGUCACCGAUCUCGACACCAUCGAGAAGUCCAACCUGAAUCGUCAAUUCUUGUUCCGUCCGAAGGACUUGGGCAAGUUCAAGUCUGAGGUCGCGGCUGCUGCUGUCGCUGCCAUGAACCCUGACCUCGAGGGCAAGAUCGACACCAAGCAGGAGGCCGUGGGUCCGGAUACUGAGAACAUUUACGAUGCUGACUUCUUCGCAAGCCUGGAUGGCGUUACCAACGCGCUCGACAACGUGAAGGCCCGUCAAUACAUGGAUCAGCGCUGUGUCUUCUACCUGAAGCCUCUCCUUGAAUCCGGUACAUUGGGCACGAAGGGCAACACGCAGGUUAUCGUCCCUCACCUGACAGAGUCGUACGCAUCGUCGCAAGAUCCUCCUGAGAAGGAGACGCCCGUAUGCACAGUUAAGAACUUCCCGAAUCAGAUUUCACACACCAUUGAGUGGGCAAGGCAGCAAUUUGACGCGUUGUUUGUCAAGCCCCCGCAGUCCGUCAACUCUUACCUCUCCGAGCCUAACUUCCUCGAGAACAACCUCAAGUACUCUGGUCAAGUGAAGGAGCAGGUCGAGCAGAUCGUAUCAUACCUUGUGACGGACAAGCCCCUCACGUUCGAAGAAUGCAUUGUUUGGGCACGUCUGCAGUUCGAAGAGCAGUACAACAACUCAAUCCGUCAGCUGCUGUACAGCUUGCCGAAGGACGCCGUUACGAGUACAGGUCAGCCGUUCUGGAGCGGCCCCAAACGCGCCCCCGACCCGCUUACCUUCGACUCCAACAACCCGACUCACCUGCAAUUCAUCAUCGCCGCUGCCAACCUUCGCGCAUACAACUACGGCCUUCGAGGGGAGUCCGACCCCGCCGUCUUCAAGAAGAUCGCGGACGAGGUCAUCGUGCCGGAGUUUACGCCCAAGAGCGGUGUCAAGGUCCAGAUCAACGACAAUGAUCCCACGCCGCAGAACGACUCUGGCGGCGAUCUGGACGUGCAGGGAUACCUCAAGAAGCUGCCGCCCCCGUCAUCGCUCGUCGGCUACCGCCUGAACCCGGUCGAGUUCGAGAAGGACGACGACACGAACCACCAUAUCGACUUCAUCACCGCCGCGUCGAACUUGCGUGCGCUGAACUACGGCAUUUCGCCAGCCGAUCGGCAUACGACGAAGCAGAUUGCUGGCAAGAUCAUCCCGGCCAUCGCUACGACCACGUCGUUGGUCACCGGCCUUGUGUGCUUGGAGCUCUACAAGCUCAUUGACCGCAAGAGCAAGCUCGAGGAUUACAAGAACGGCUUUGUCAACCUCGCGCUGCCAUUCUUCGGCUUCUCAGAGCCCAUCGCGCCCAAGAAGAACAAAUACGGCGACACCGAGUGGACGCUCUGGGACCGCUUCGAGUUCAAGAACGACCCGACGCUCAAGGAGAUCGUCGACUGGUUCCAUCGCGAGCAUAAGCUCGACGUCAGCAUGGUCUCGCAGGGCGUCAGCAUGCUCUGGAGCUCGUUCAUCGGCAAGAAGAAGAGCGAGGAGCGGCUGCCGAUGAAGUUCAGCAAGCUCGUCGAGCACGUGAGCAAGAAGCCGAUCCCACCGCACACCAAGCACCUCAUCGUGGAGGUAAUGGUGAGCGACGAGGAGGGCGAGGACGUAGAGGUUCCGUUCAUCGUUGUUCACAUCUAAGCCAGUGUAGAGAGUAGCAUGCAGAAUACGAACAGUGUACAAUGGUAUCAUCUAGAAGUCGUCAAUGACAGUGUAGCUAUACGUCGACAAC